UCUGAGACUCCAAGAAUGGCGCCAGACAGAGGCAGCGAGGUCCUUGUGGACAUUCAAUCUAUGGAAACAUCUUUGAACACUUUGUCAGUGCAAGAUGAUCUGAACCUUGCCAAAACAAGUGCAAUAACAACCCCAUCCCCAGAUGGCGCAUAUUCAACUCCACCUCAUCUUUCUCAUGACCCUGCCACGAAUGCAAAACAUGCAGACCCCUUUCAGUUUGGACAACGAUAUCUCUCCGAGUCUGAUGACGUCUUUGAGUACAAUGCCUGGGAUCAUGUAGUCCCGGAUGCGGCCCACGAUGAGUAUUGUGAAUCUCAAUAUGCUGCACAACGCGCCUCUCCAGUGUCCGACUUCGAUCGAGUUCGGUUUAAUGAGCACCCAGAAAAGUGGUGGGAUUUGUUUUACAAGCAAAAGACAAGUACAUUCUUCAAAGACAGGAAAUGGCUGGUUCAAGAAUUCCCGCUUUUGAAAGACGUGACCCAAAGAGAUGCUGGCAAGAAGGUUGUUCUGGAGGUUGGUGCCGGAGCAGGAAACACGGCAUUUCCUAUAUUAAGAAUAAAUGAAAACCCGGACCUGAAAAUCUUCGCGGUGGACUUCAGCAAAAAGGCAGUCGAGACAAUGAGGGACGCGGAAGACUACAAAAGCUCUAAUGGUACCAUGGUGGCUGAUGUCUGGGAUGCGGCAAGCGAUAGUCUGCCUCUCGGUGUUGAGGAAGGAAGCGUCGACGUGGUCAUCCUGAUAUUCAUCUUCUCGGCUUUGAACCCCAAGCAGUGGCAACAGGCCGUCACCAAUAUUCAGCGAGUCCUCAAGCCUGGUGGAGAGGUUCUGUUCCGGGAUUAUGGUCGAGGCGAUCUUGCGCAGGUUCGGUUCAAGGCUGGAAGAUGGAUGGAAGAGAAUUUCUACGUACGCGGAGAUGGUACGCGGGUCUACUUCUUCGAUAAGGAAGAGCUUGAGACGAUUUGGGGCGGAGCAUUCGAAAUAUCCGAUCUCGACGUUGACAGGAGACUUAUCGUCAACCGACAGAGGCGCAUCAAAAUGUAUCGCUGCUGGAUUCAGGGCCGCUUUCGGAAACGAGAUCAAACACACUGAGGUGAAGUCGCUUCGAAUCCCGGCGCCAAACAACGAGACCGUGCUACGUCCGACAUGGCAUGUGGCCGGCCUCAUACAUGAUGUUGGAGGUAUCUUGGGCCAGGCCUGUGUUCGUGCUGCCCAUCAGUAUCCACAAGGUAGACGGAAUAAACCAAUGAAUGACUGGAUAGGGAAGCAUGAGGCGGAUGCUCCCAGCUUAUUGCAGGAGAAACACACACGAGAUGGGUGUUACGGAGCCGCCAAAGUCUGUAUAUGUCGCAGACGCCUGGUGAUAUCAGGAGGCAGCCAGUAGCAGGUGAGAUGAGUAUCAGAUCCAAAUCAUUUUCGAUGCAUGAAUUGAAGAUGCGUCGACCAAUUGGACGUGGGAAGGGUUGCAUGUGUAGAAGGAUUUGUCCGAGUUGAAGUCGAGC